UAGAUCAUCCCUCUGCAACCAGCAGCAUAUAUCAUGUACUCAAAUAAAAACGAGGGACCACGUAGAGGAAGAUCUUUUGAUUCCAUGAACAUUGGCUUUGAGGAAAAACUGCUAAACAAUGAGAUAAACAAAGCAACCUUCACAAAAAUAGAAGAAAACUCAGAAAAGAAGAAUGCAUCAGAGAAAGAGAGAGCCACGAUCAUCUUUUCCCUCAAGAAUGAAGUGGGAGGCCUAGUGAAGGCACUAAAACUCUUCCAAGAAAACCACGUCAACCUCGUCCACAUAGAGUCCAGGAAAUCCAAAAGACGCAACUCUGAGUUUGAAAUAUUUGUGGACUGCGACAGCAACCACGAACAACUGAAUGAGAUCAUCCAGCUGCUUCGGAAGCAUGUGAACGUGGUUGAUAUGGAGCCGCCAGAUAACUCGUGCCUACAAGAAGAAGAUAUGGACAAUGUCCCCUGGUUUCCAAAGAAGAUUGCAGACUUGGACAAGUGUGCAAACCGUGUCCUCAUGUAUGGCUCUGAGCUGGAUGCAGAUCAUCCAGGUUUUAAGGACAAUGUUUACCGUAAAAGGCGAAAGUACUUUGCUGAUAUUGCCAUGUCAUUCAAACAUGGGGAUCCCAUCCCUCAAAUUGAAUUCACAGAGGAGGAAGUAAAGACUUGGGGGGUCGUAUACAGGGAGCUCAACAAGCUGUACCCCACCCAUGCCUGCCGGGAAUACCUGAAGAAUUUGCCUCUUCUGUCCAAAUACUGUGAUUUUCGGGAGGACAACAUCCCUCAGCUGGAAGAUGUCUCACGCUUCCUCAGGGAACGCACAGGAUUUACCAUCAGGCCUGUGGCUGGUUAUUUGUCCCCACGUGACUUCCUCGCUGGCUUGGCCUUCCGUGUUUUCCACUGUACCCAAUAUGUGCGGCACAGCUCUGACCCCUUAUACACUCCAGAGCCGGACACAUGCCAUGAGCUGCUGGGUCAUGUCCCACUGCUGGCUGAGCCCAGCUUCGCUCAGUUCUCUCAGGAGAUCGGACUCGCUUCACUCGGGGCCUCAGAUGACUCUGUUCAGAAGCUGGCCACAUGUUACUUCUUUACCGUGGAGUUUGGCCUAUGCAAACAAGAAGGGCAGCUGCGAGCGUAUGGAGCAGGACUGCUGUCAUCUAUCAGCGAGCUUAAGCAUGCACUCUCUGGCAAUGCAAGGAUAAUGCCUUUUGACCCCAAAGUCACAUCUAAACAAGAAUGCAUCAUUACAACUUUCCAGGAGGCCUACUUUGUGUCAGACAGCUUUGAGGAAGCCAAAGUCAAGAUGAGGGAGUUUGCCAAGACAAUCAAGCGCCCUUUCACAGUGCGAUACAACCCGUACACCCAGAGUGUGGACGUGCUAAAAGACACUCCCAGCAUCAACAGUGUAGUGGAGGAGCUCCGACACGAGCUCGACAUUGUUGGUGACGCCCUCAUCCGGCUAAACAAACAGCAGGGUGUCUAACUGCCCAUGCUACGGUUGAAGUUAUCUACCUGCAGUCUGUCAAUGCUUUUCCUUCACCCUAAAGCACCGUUGUAGAGAUUCUGCCCAUUUGUGGCCCUUCGUCAGUACAAUGAAUGUGCAUUGCUUUUUGGUUAAAUUCUCUGUUGUUUUCACUGCAUGGAACUGUCUUAUAAAAUGUACAGACGACACAUUAGGUAUGUUUAGACACUGAUAUCAGUUAAUUGCACAAACCCAAAGAGCUGCUUUAUCCUACUCAUCGUUUGGCUUCAGUUGAACUAACUCUAUUGGUUCCUGUGUAGCAAACAGCUAAUGCCCUUAUUUUAAUGUUUAAAUCAUUUCCAGCUGUUACAAACACAAAUGUGGUUACAUCAAUGUGUUGUUAACUCUGCUGUUGUAUAUUACCAUGUAUUUUUUGUAUUUCACUUCAUUCUUCUUCUUCACAUUUAAUCUUCCUCACUUCUGUGAUAUUUAUAAAAUGUAUCUUUUUUUUAUUCUUUUGGUGUUUGUAUCACGUUCCUUUUUGUGUACUGUUGAGGGAAAUAAAAAAGUGCAAAUGGGUGUUAUAAGAAUGUUUUGAUGGCUGACAAUGAAAGACUUGGCCCAUGUAACUGAAACUAUUUGAUUUUAAAGCGAUAAUUUUGAUGACCUACAUCUAAUUGUAGUACUCCUGAACUCAAAACAUUAUUUUCUACUGUAAAGCAAUAUAGACAUUAUGUGUAUGCUAUGAUCCAAACUAUUAAAAAAUUAAAUGUUUUUUGUGUCUAAA